UUGGCAAGCCGUACAUUGAACGCUGCAUACCGAAAGCAAUGGAAUAAUUAUAAAAUAAAUUCAUAUAGAGGAAAAAUAAUUAGAAAAUAAGAAAGACAGCUAGUGCCCCCAAUAACCAAAUAGUGUGAAAUCGUGUCACGGUUAAUUCGUAAGAUUAAGAUAUUAGUAAAAAUAUUUGACAAGAGCAGUAGUACUUCAUUUUUUUUUUUAAUAUGUUCCAAAGGCUAAGGAAACUCCUGUAAAGGGAUAAGAAUAAGAAGUCCGAGCCAAAUGCAAGAAUAUGGUGGCGGCACGUCAAAUAAAGCCGGAGAAUACCGCGAUGAGGCAGCUGAGGGGAACAGGGAUAGAGGCUCGCAACAUCAGGGCGAAGUCUUCCAACCUUCGCAUCAGUAUGCCGUGAUGCAGCAAAAGGGUUAUGGAUGCUCCAGCAAGGAUCUAUCCGAUCCAAAUAUGGCGACAUAUUGCCGGGUGGCAACAGGAAUAUACGAAGCGACUGCGUCAAGUCAACAAUAUCAAAAUCCUAGAUAUAAUAAUCCCUCGGCUCCUACGUUCAGUUCUCCACCAAAUUCUCCUCUAGUUGGUCUCGUUUUCGAUCCAUCUUCAUCAAAUUACAGUGGUUCUGGAGUGUCAGGGGAUAGAUCUUUGAAUGCCGAUAGACGUUCCCAAAGUUCCUGGUCUGUCUCUAAUCAAGAACCAAUAGGCACUGGGGCAAAAAAGAAGAUUGUUAAGAGUCAGGAUAAACGUAAUGCAUUUAGUACUGAUCCACGUUACCACGAGAGAUAUAAGGAGGCCAGCAUAGAAACGGAUCGUCAAAAGAAACAAGACAGAAACUUUACUUCGGAGUCUACUUCGAGUCUCGAUUUCUUUGCUGAGGGAGAAAGAAUGGUAUCAGAACUUUGUAACAUACCAGAUUUGACCACAAGAACAGACUCUAAUCAAAAGAAAAACCACAAACAAAAUAAUCAAGACGAAGAUAAAAAUAAACCUUCAGGAUCAUCAGACAUAUUACUAACAGCUUUAGAUAAGAUCAUAAUACAUGACCAGAUACCUAAUCAAAUAGUGCAAUUAGCUAUAGAAGCUUGCACAGACGCUGAAAAUAUAGCAAUCGCUCACCAUAAUAGGCCAUGUUUCAAAAACAUACAUUCGAUUUGUGCAAAAACUCGAUCUAAUGUUCAAAAGCCUGAUAGUGCUGUUGCCAAUUUACAUUCUCAAGGGAUACCGUGGGUUAUAAAAAACUUUAUAUUUUCCUUUGUAAGAAUUUUAGAUGGUUGGAAAGGUGUUAAAGAACUUCUUAGCGAAAAACAUGACACUUUUUCGAGAAUCGAAAACAAAUAUUACAGUCCUAACAUAAGAGAGUGUUUUGUGCAGUGGCAAGCAGUAACCAAGGAGAUGUUGACUCAUAUUUAUAAAACUUUUAAAUGCCUUGACCACGGUUUUACUAUGGAGCAAAAAAGCUUUACUCAUAAUUAUUAUGCCACUAAUUCUGCUGCUCCUCGGCAUCAAAAUCAAAAUAAAUUUCAGCCUGUCAAGCCACAUAUAAGUACACUGCGACCUGUGAAUGUAUCACCACAACCCUUCAAUGCUCUACAGCCUCCAUGGGUACAAAGUCAGAACCAAACAACUACUCAAAAUUAUAAUGAAGGUCCAUGGCCACCAAGAUCUGGAGUAACUUAUAAAAAGUUCCCUGUUGUACCUCCUACAAACACGCAUAAUUUUUAUCCUUUAAAUGACCAAAAUGAAAUUGACAAUUAUCAAAAAUCGCAUUAUAAAUGUGAUCCAUGCAGCAUUCGCGAAACAAAAUCUCGCCAGUCCUGGACUAUUACCAACGUACCGGACUUUCGAGUAUUAGAGAAUAUAUGUCAUGCAGACCAAAGAGAAUUAUACAAUCAACUGAAACAUAAAAUGGACGCUGAACUUGGUAAAGCACCAGGUCAACCAUUAAUAGCAAACAUGUCAUGUGAUUUGUUACAACAAAGGGAAAUGGAAUUAAAAGCUAAGAUGAUUCCUUUGAGUCAUGUUGAGAAAACUUUAAUACCAAGCAUGGCGACUGCAGCUGAUAUGCGAGCGUGUUUUGCACAAAAAAACAAUAGCUGUGGUGAUACAAAAGAAGAAACAGAUUUUUUUGCGGCGUGGGGUCAGAUGAUCCAAAACGAACCUAAUGAUUUUAUAACUCAUCCCAAUCACAACAUGUCGAUUUCAUCGAAUGUUGUGACGAUUCAAAAUAAUAUCUCUGGCCCCGUGCAAUUUAUUGAUCUUGAAAAUGAUGAGUUUCACGAAAUGUCCAAAGUAUACAUGAAACCUGGUAGCUACAAAGUGCCUAUAAAGCCAUCAGAUCCUUAUAUCCCAGGUAUUUCUCCGGAACCAAUAUAUGAGAGUUCUGCUGUCGUUGACGAUAUUACAAAUUUGAAGAUGAAGAUGCCUUAUCCAUCUAUAACUUUGGCACCUCAGCCGAAAUACAAUCUUGAGUCCUGGCCUUGUAUGAUACCAAGACGUGCUGAAGAUGUAUUAAGUGAUGAUCAGAAAAUUAUUCAUCGACAUGGAUUUCCUGGAAUAGAUAUUAGAGAUCCUCUAGAUUUUUUAAAUUCAAUGACUUCCGACCGUGCUUGGGAGGCUGCAAAACAAGCCGCACCAAGACUAAUGGAUUUUAUUCAUGAAGGGUCUAAAUCAGAUACCGCUCGUCUAUAUGAUGCUUUAGGUUUGAGUGCUACAGUCGAGAAUCCCGAAGAUGUUCAACAAGUUAAACUUAUAAUGGCUCAAUCUGAUGUUUGGGUUAGCGGUUUAUCUUCCAAUCAUUAUAUGCCAAAAGAUAUGUCUAAUUUAUGGAAUCAAGAAGUAAUGGCUAAACAAGAUCAUAUGGCAACUAAAACUCAGGACAUAUUCACUGAAGAUAUUUCUGAACUUCUUGAUGCUGAUUCUAAGCAAAUUGAAAAUGACGAGCAGGUAGAAGAACAAAGUAACACUAAAGAUGCAAAAGAUAACACACGCUGUCCUAAUUUUGAUCAAACUGGAAAUUACGUUAAAGACGAUAGUCAGAAAAAAUCAAGUAAGUCAAAAGUUACUGUAUCAGGUAUGUGGUAUCAUCCUAAAAAAAAGAAGCCUUUACCAGCAAGUACUGUUAAGAAAUUUGAAACAAUAAUAAGCAAUUUAUCUAAAAUUAAUGAAGCUGGUUUUAUUCUGCAUGACAUGGAUAUUAAAGUUGCUCCAAGAUUUUAUGAGGUGAUAAAGUAUCCAAUGUGUCUCCAUGAUAUUAGUACGAAAUUGAAGAAUUCUUCUUAUACUGAGUACGAUCAAGUAGUUCAAGACUUCAGACGUAUUUUCAAUAACGUUCGUCUUUAUUUAAAGAGCUAUCCUGACUCUAAUAUGAAGAAGAAUGUAAAUAAAGUGUCCAGUGAUUUUGAGAAGAUGUUAAGCGAUGAGUUUCAGAAUAAAUGGGAAAACAAGCCCAAGACUGUGGACAACAAUGAAUCGCACGCUGUAACAAACAAGAAAGAUGAUAAAAUCAGUGACACAAAAAGUUUAGAAACGAAAAAUGACAAUAACAAGAAAAGAGAUCUGAUCACCAACGGCGAUGAUAAGAACUAGGUUGUUCAGUUACAUUUUGAUUAAAAUUUUAGUAAACAUUUGAAGAGGCGGUUCUAGACGGUUAUUAUUAAGGGGCUAGAUCUUACUUUGGGUUUUUGGAAGUUUAUUUUUUACACAGUAGCUUUAUUUCUUUUUUAUUUUACCAAAGAUAAUUUUGACAAUCGUAUUAAAGUGGUUCAUUAAAAAUCUAUUGUUUACAACGCUGUUAUAGUAUCGAUCGAUUUACUCGGAAUGUUUAAUGGACAAACUUCUAGUCAAAUAGUGAAAUAUUUUUAAACAAAUGUCAGUGAAGUUAUCAGAACUAAUGCAUAAGAUUAUUAAUUUAAUAUGUAAGUGCUUGCCAUUUUUUUUCUAAUGGACUUUUUCUCUAGCCAAACGGGGCAACAUGAUUUUUCUCUAUAUUAAUUCUCAUGUUCUUUCCUUGCGUAUUUUCAUAUAGAAUUAUAAUUUCAUUUUCUUCCUCAUUUAUUACUUUCUAAUGAUCCACUUUGAUUUUUGAAUGCUGCAAAACAAAUUUAUGUUUUGAUGCGAUGUCAAAUGAGUUACUUUUUCUUUGACCUUUUAUGGUUAAAACGCGUAGGUUCGCGCUCAAAGCCAUUUUCUUUUUAUAACUAAAACCAAAACUCACGACCGGAGAUUGCGUUAUUGAUUAUUUUUUAUGUAUCGAUCUGUGAUUCUAUGUUUAGGCAAAAGUUAAUAAUUGGAAUUGAUCUACACGCUUAAUUAAUUGUAUAAUUCACACGAAAUAUGUAUAUAGACGAAAAUAAGCUGUAAAAACUAAUAAUAUGAAACAUUUAAGUUCAGUAGUAGUUGACGCGACGUCAGUAUUCACAGUGAGUUGUAUAAUCAAAAUAGUAAUAACAGUUUUAAUGUUUGUUUGUCAUGAGAAGUUUAAAAUAAUCGUGGCUUCCAACUGAUCGUUAAGUUAACCAACAAAUAAUUUCCUUAUCUAACAUUACUUUAAACUUCUUGUGUUCACCAACUUAGUAUAUUCCUUCUCGAGUUUAUACAUAGAGCAGUUUUUUUUCUACCUCCUGUUCAUUUGAUGUUUCACGUUAUUU